GUUAGAUUUUGUUGUGUAUGAAAUGGUUGGUAAACCCCCUGUCGACUUGACUGGAAAUGUUUUCCCACGAAAGAUAGUUCUGUGUCGCUUGGACAGUAAUCAGCUAGACUGUGUGUACACCAAAGCUUACCAUGCAGAGCUGGCCAUCUGUCAGUCGAUCGUAUAUGAGAUUCUCUACAGGACUGUGUUCCAUCUUCACACGGAGCUAGAGGAGUCUGUCCAGAUCAUCCGUGAGCAGAAUAAAAACAAAAACAGGAACGGAGUCUUCCCCAUUGUGGAUGCUGAAUCUAGUCCCGACUCUAGCCACAGCGGAGAGGACUCGUUCUCUAAGCAUGAGAAGUUUGCGGGGAGGAGAGUAAGCCCCCCUGUACCGUACCGCAUCGCUAAAGCUUUGGACCCCGUCAUAUACAGAAAUACUGAACUCGAUAUCUGGGAGGAAGAAAAACGAGAAGCCAUUCAUAGAGAGCGCUACAAGUCAGUGACGUUCUCCGCAGGGGAUAAAUGUCAGGUUUUGUCCACACAAGGUCCUUUGUAUCAUGGACACAUUCAACAGAUAGGACCGGAAGCCACUGAUCCCGCCAUCGUCUUCAUAGAGGAGCUCGGAGAAAAGCAAGAAGUAAGCCGAGAUAGACUGCGGCCAGCCAAAGCUUCAGGGAGAUCAGAGUGGUUCCUUAAGCAGCUGAGGAGGAAGAGGUUGCAGGAGAUGACAGUGACACAAGACAGAAUGCCCCCUAUGAUGCCUCAGAGUCUUCCCCCACCCCCCAUCCAAGUUGUGCCCACCUCUCCCCUACCCCAGGAGGUUAACAGCAGCAUUAUUUUUCCAAAAUGGCAAAUUCUGAGUUCCAGUCCUGGGCCCAUACAAGCAACUAAACCAGAGUCGCUGGGCUCCUACCCCCCAGGCCCGCCCCCCGAGAUGUCCCUGAUCCCGGUGUCUCAGGUCCAAGUCCCCAGGAUCUGGGUCCCCUACAUGGACAGUAUCGCCCUGUCUAAUGUGGACGUCAACAUCCUCCCUUCCCAGGAUUCCAUGGGGCAGGAUCUACCAAUCAACGACAUGAAUACUCUACGCUUUUUCUUCAAUGUUGGAGUCGCUCACUAUGGCUUGAUAAGUCAGCAGGCAUUAGCCAAUAGAGCAGCAUCACAGGGAAACAUCCAGCCAAUCAUAUACUGCCAGGCCAAGCCCCCGAUGGCGCUUCCUCAGAUCGGUAAUUGUACCUUCUCUCUUCACUCUCCUCCCCCAGCCUCUAACUCCGAUGAUGAGAGUAGCAACAUGUCUAAUGACAGCGGAUGUGACGCAGACGAAACCACAGCCUCUCACAAGAAGUCCGUGGGGGCUAGUGAAGCUAACUCUCCUGUCAGGGAAGGGGAGAACUCUCCAGUAGGGGAGGCAACUGACUCGAGCACCGCUCAGGUGGAGAACCCGAGCUGUGAGACGGAGAGUCGCUGUUCAGACAUGUCUCUCACUGACACCUCUGAUGGGGCCAUUACUAUAGAGAACCAGGAACAGGGCGGGGCUAAACAAUACAAACCGCGCAGAAAGUAUUACAUGUACGGCAAUCUGAAACUGAUCAAACCCAUAAAAGACGUACCAAAACGAUUCAUGGAUCUCCUCACCUCUAUGAAUGCGGAGAAAUCCCGCGUAGAGGGAGAGCCAAUCAUAAUGGCCGCUCCCGCACAAUACAAAUCUGACAGAACAACUAACUGUCAAUUUAACCCUAAUGCCCCGAGCUUUGUUCCUGGUUCACAUGGUGAUAGGGCACCUGUCAAUGGUAAUCAUAUUAAUAUUCCCCUGUCAUCAUCAUCAUCUAAUGUGUAUUACCCCUCACAGCUUAUAUCAUUGCCUAACUCUAAUGUAUCAUAUCAUAGUAGCUCAGUCAUUAGUACCCACCCUCACUUUCAACGUAAUCCUCUUCACACAGGUUUCCCUCCACCCCUUCCUCCCAUGAACAACCCCCCUUCUUCCAGCUUCGUGACCGUUAACAGCAUGCCGCAUUAGUCCCGCUGAUGGUGGUGGUGUCCUUAAGAGCAUGCUGCAUUACUGCCGCUGGUGGUGGUGGUUAAGGAACUACAGAUACUUGGUAGACUAGUCAUUUGUUUUAUGCUCAACAAAAGAAGAUGAACAAUGCUUGCGAAAGCUUAUAACUUUGCUUCACCUGCACCUUUUAGAUCAUGAGAUUUAGUGUGUUGUAAGAUUUUAUAUUGCAGAAUUUUUCUGCAGAGUUUCAUAGGAAUUUUACAAACUGAAGAUGAUUUGAUCUGAAUAUUAUGUCAGUUUUUAUCUAAGUCAGACACACGUCUUUUUAGACUCGCUUUGUAAUUGUCUUUUUUAAGGAAGAAUCUUGAGUGAAAUUAUAGAGUUAGUUUGAUUCUUCAUCAUUAAUAUCAGAAAAGACCUUGCUACGAGCAGUUCACCUUAAAAUAUUUAAAAUUUUUUAAAUGCACAAGAGUUUCAUCCCUUUUUACAAUCAGAAUUUUAGCAGUUAAAAUGAUGAUUUUUUUGUACAAUUAACCAUAUUUUGCCAAUAUCCAGUAAAAUAUCCCAU